AUGAGCAAGCACGAUCCCGCGAGACACGACGACCGCAAACUGAGCACCGGGCAGAUGGCCGCCCUGGCCUGCUUAAUGGAGGCCACUUCGGUCAAGCCGGGCAACGUUCAUCGUGGGGCCGACUACGAAGACCUGACCUAUUUUGACUUCGCCGUUUCGGCACUCGUAGUCGCACCGGCGUUCGAGGAGGCCGUCGAGGCGGGCGUGGGUCGCACUGUGCUGAAGGCCGCCACCGCCACGCGGAAUGCGGUGGCCACAAACACGAAUCUCGGCACGCUGCUGUUGCUCGCGCCCAUGGCUGCGGUGCCGCGGGAUGAACCGCUCCGAGAGGGGGUCGCUCGGGUUUUGAAGACGCUGACUCCAGCGGAUUCACAGUUGGUGUAUGAAGCGAUUCGCGUAGCUCAGCCCGGCGGAAUGGGUGAACAGGCUGAGGCCGACAUCGCGGGAGAAGCGCCAGACGAUUUACUGCACGCUAUGCGGCUGGCUGCCGAUCGUGACUUGGUUGCCGCCCAGUAUGUCAAUGGAUUCAAGGACGUGUUCGAACUGGUUUAUCCUGCGAUCGAAGAAGGACUUGGUCGGGGGUGGUCGUUGGAGAAGACGAUCAUUCAAACGCAACUGAAGGUUCUGGCCGAGCAUCCAGACAGUUUGAUUCGGCGGAAAUGUGGUGAAGAAGUCGCGGGGAAGGCGUCUUGGCUGGCCGCGCGGGUGCUGGGGUCGGGCGAACCGGGCGAAGCUAUGUACGAACGGGAAUUGGGAGAUCUCGACUUCUGGCUGCGAAGCGAUCAUCACCGCCGCAACCCCGGCACGACGGCCGACAUGAUCGCUGCCGGGCUGUUUGUCGCGCUGCGUGAGAACGUGGUCCGCGCACCGUUCGUCUUGUUCGGACGAUGCCGCAGCCUGCUUUAUCCUCGAUGCUCGGACCACCAUUCGAUGAGCGAACACUACUUCGUACGUAUUUCGAAAGACUAUCUCGUCUUCAGCGCAGGGCACUUCAUCACCUACGACGGCGAUGUUUGCGAGCGGCUGCACGGCCACAACUAUCGGGUGUCGGCCGAAGUGCACGGCCCCUUAGAUGAAAACCACUACGUCAUCGACUUCAUCGCACUUCGCGACACCCUGAAGGCCAUCGUUGACGAGUUGGAUCACCACAUGCUGCUGCCAACCGAGCACGAGAAGAUUUUGGUUCGUUGCGAGGGGAAAGAGGUCGAGGUUACUUUCGAAGACCGCCGGUGGGUCUUCCCACGCUGCGAUUGCAUUCUGCUGCCGGUUCCCAACACUACGACCGAAUUGCUGGGCCGGUACAUCGGGCGACGCUUGCUCGACGAUUUGGAGUCACGGACCGGCAUCCGACCCAAGGUGGUGAGGAUUGAAGUGGACGAAUGCGAGGGGCAGUUGGCUCAGUGCGAACUUCGCGAUGAAUAG